UUCGCCAUUAUGACGUGUGUGCAAACGAAUCGAUAGGCGCGUGUGUUUAGCCGGUUUCAUAUUUUUAAAAAGUGUUACCAACACUUCGACUAUGCCAUAUUGGCUACGUUCAGCAAGCGCAACGAUUACACAACGGUUCAUUAAAAAGCUGCUGAACGCACUGUUGUCAGUGCCCGAUACACAACGUGUUUACUGAGCGGACGUCAUUUUUUCCAUCAUAUUUUAAGACCGCUACCUGAGCUCAACACGUUGAGACGUACAAAUAGAACAAAUGCCAUUCCAUUGCAUAGUGCCCGGUUGCAAAACCGGGUAUAAGGAUGUCAUAGAUAAGAAUACGAGAAAGAAAUUAAGUUUAUUCAAACCACGUACAGAUGAUAUGUUACUGAAGUGGCAACAGAUAAUCCAACGUCCUAAAUCAAAACCACUAUUAAAAUCCAACCGUGUUUGUGAGUUACACUUUAGAGAAGAGGACAUUAAAAAACACUAUGUUACUGAAUUAAGUGAUGGAAAUACUUUUACAAUGCUAAAAGGAAAACCGAGUCUUAAAUUGGGAGCUGUGCCUUCUAAAUUGCUAAAUGGUGAUGCAGAAAAUAAAAGUCAGCCUUCCAGAUCUAUUCAACAGCACAAUAAUUUUAAAAUCCAAGAUCCUACCACAGAGUUAACAACAGAAAAUAAUAGCAGAUCCAACUUGGCAAACUCUGAAGCACAAUCAUCACCGAUACAGAAAUAUACUUCAUCGAUACAGGAAUGUACCUCGCCGAUACAGGAGUGUGCUUCGUCGAUACAGAAAUGUGCCUCAACGACACAGAAAUGCACUUCGCCGAUACAGGAAAGUACCUCGCCGAUACAGGAAUGUGCUUCGCCGAUACAGGAGUGUGCUUCGCCGAUACAAAAAAAAUGUGCCUUGUCGAUAAAGAAAUAUACCUUGGUACCAGUUGAUAAAUUUACUAUGGCACAAAUUCAAUAUAAAAAAGUCAUACUCCCAACAAAAUUGUGGUUUUCCCAAGUAUUUUCAGAUAAAAUCAUAUGGGCCCAAUGGGGUGACCAAUAUAAUACUGCACGUCGUGUAACUUUGUUACGAGAUAUGAAUCUUCAAAUGUUUAUAGAAGAUAGACAGAUACAUAUACCGGGAUUAAAAAAAAUCAAAAGAAUUACUGACAUGUCUGCGGUUCUUCGCCAAGUUUCAACUCUACUCCCUUGUAACGGAGUAGGAAUGGGGACUGAAGGAAAAACCAUAAAAUGUAGUGGUUAUAUAUUGGAAAAAAAUAAUGGUUCCAAAGCACGAAGGUGUGAAAUAUGUAAGAAAAGACGAAUGCAAGUUAUGAGACAAUUACGAAACAUUGAUACGAAUACAUGGAAGGUGAAAUGUACAAAAAAAUCAAAGGAGCUAAAAAAUGCUAUUAGACGUAAUUUUACAUUGCAGGCGAAGAUUAAAAGACUUCAAUUAAAGAUAAGAAGCUUGCAACAAAGUGUGCUAAGACAAAAAAACCCAAAGCUAUAGAACCCAAAGCUAUUGUGGACCUAUCUCGUCGUCUGUGAUUCGUAUUUUA